AUGCGCAACGACGCCGUGAGGGAAUUGGCGUGGGAAUCGCUGAGGGGAGUGGUUGGGCGCAGGGUCGGCCACGCCCCUAGUUGCGAGGACAUCGCCUCCUUCCUAUCCUACUGGCUGGAGGGAAGGAUGAGGGGCGGAGGGGAAGCUUUGCUCUGGUCUAGCGCGCGAAACGCUGCGCUCAGACAGUCGAAGAGGCUGUUCCUGCAGUGGCGGUGGGUUGGUGAGACGGGGGAACUGUUAUUGGAAUGUCUCGGGCCGCGGGGGGCAGCGGUUAAGAUUCCGCCUGAUGCACGCGGUCAGGUAGUGAAUCGGUUGCCCUCAACUGUAGCAGAGCACUACGCGCAUAGGUUGCGCAGUAAACCGGACCAAGGCAAGGUCUUCGAGGUGUCGUCGCGCAGUCGAAUGAGCAAUCACUUCAUGCGCGGCGGUAGCUUCACUCGCUUCGCCGACUGGCGCUUUAUUCACGAGGCCAGAUUAGACGUUCUUCGCCUCAACGGUGCGCGGCGUUGGGGAAGCGAAGAUAAGCGCUGUCGGCGGUACGGUGAGGUAUCGGAUACAUUGCCUCACGUGCUCUGUCACUGCGGCGCCCACUCCGCCGCUAUACAGCUGAGGCACAACGCUGUCCUGCACCGCCUCUGGAAAGCGAGUAGGCUUCCAGGGGUGGUGCGGGUUAACCAGCGGGUCGAUGGCGUCGACGGGGAACUUGCAGGGCUCCGGCCUGACCUCGCUGUCAGGCACGAGCUCUCCAAGAUCGUCGUCAUUUACGACGUCACGAUGCCCUUUGAAAACCGUUGGCAGUCUUUCGAUGACGCCAGGGCGAGGAAAAUUGCCAAGUACUCGCCCUUGGCUCGUGGGAUCCGCGCAACGAGGCAGUCUUGA